AUGCUUGGUGUAGUGGCGGAGGAUGGGCUUGGAGCGGUCUCCAGUUCCUGGCUCAUGGGCCCCUUGGUGCAGGUUCCUAGCAAUGCUGCUUCGGCGGCUGCCGUGGCCCUCAACUCUGCACUACGACUUGGGGACGCUCAGAACAUUCUGAACACACUGGCCGCGUCGGCCUUCGCCAAGUCGGAUGACCUUAGCGAGGAGGUCACAGCGCUAGUCGCCGCCUUGGCGACCUUGGACACGUCCGACUUGGUGCUGUCGCAAGUCAACGCUGUUGUUGUGGAGCUGCUUAAGGAAGCUGUACUCGAUGCCGCUGCACGUGUUUCCCAGUUUCUGGCGGCUCUCUUUGCAUCGAUCGCGUCACCGACAAGUGGUCUGGACUACCUCUUGGAGGCAGUGCUGCUGAUCAAGAUCGUCUACGACGAAGAGGCGUGGCUUCGCACGGACGAAUUGCGAGAGCUUGUGGCCAAGUUCGGCGAUGCGGUGCUGGUUGCUGUCCCCGGCUCAACUGAAAAACGGGUCCACUCCCUGGACCACCUCUCAGAUGGGAAAGGGCUGGAGGUCGCCGUCAGAGAGGUCAGCCUCCACGAUGCCAUGCAUCAGGGCAUAUCCGUGGCAGGAUUCAGCACCGUCCCACUUCCGGAGAUUGACGGUCAGGCGGGAUGCGGGACCGUUACCGGCCAAGUCACUACAUGGCGGCAAAGUAACCCAUAUGCGUGGCCGAACGUGUCGACAGAGGGAGUGGGUGCCGACGUCACGAACCUGACAGAUGUCCAUGUGAUUGAGAUGCGACGGUGUGGUUCGCCCUUCAACAUCUCAGGUCGGAUUGUGCUGGACUUGCCCCUGCCCGAGUUCCCAACGGAACCUGCUUUGGAAGGGUAUGCUUACGUGCCUGCCUGCAUUGUUUUCGAUGCGGUCGCAGAGCAAUGGACAACAGAUGGGCUGUGGCGGCAGAUUUCUGAUUCACUUCCUGGAACCCUCAAGUGUGCAGCGGAUCCCAGUGCAGCAGAACUCAUCGCCGCAACCGUGGUGUACAGACAAGAACUCGUGCCGGUGGAGGAAGAGCCGCCGAGCGUGGUCCUGAUCAUAGUUGCCAUCAUCGUGUUCUUGCUGUGUAUGGGCGGGCUGGCCUAUGUAAAUAUGAAGAAGUCCGAGGGGAAGACGGACAAGGCAACACCAGACGUGGAGGCUGCGGUGUCAUCCAGAGUGGCACCGGCUCCAGAAAGUGAUGAGCCAAGUGCGUCCCUGGAGGAGGCCGAAGCCGUGCCGGCCAAGCCGGAGGCAUCGACUUUGGUUGUGGCAGCUGAUGCUCCUGCGUUGCCGCCUUUGCCAAGCGCCAGCUCCGGGCCUUCGCGUGCAGAAGAUCCAGGAUCGCCUGCCGAGGCCUUGGUGCCGAAGCCGCAGCUGGACAGCGGCGUCCCCGUCGAAGCGCCCGUAUCCAGCCCAGAGUUUGAGAGCUUCGCGGAGGGCUUCAAGACGGAUCUUCCAACAGCUCCUGAGGAAGCGCCGGCGCCGCCAGGCUGCUUUGAAACUGAGGGCCAAGCCCAAGCUUGA